AUGGCUGUUUCCGACUCGCCGUACGGCUGCCGUAGAACAAAUGUGACCAAGCAAGUUACAAUGAGAAUCAAACCAAAAAACAUUGAAGCUGUAGUACGAGGCAUCCAUGCUAAGAAAAGUUCUUAUGGUCCCUUCGCUACAGAAGAAGCCACACAAGGGGAUCGCACUCAACAGAACCAUCAUCUCUACCAAACAUCACUUGAGAACAAAGAGGGAGAAAGAGAGAUGCAGAAUGAACAAGAUAUGGACUUUGUCUAUAUCGAGAGAGACCCAAAGGACGAAAGCUUCAAAGCUCAUGUGCUUGAUGCAGCCGUGCUCUCCUCAGUAAAAGCUUCUGACCUUCUUCAUGAAGAAAAUCAGGACAAUCUAGCAUUGGAGCGCCCUCUAUCAGACAACAAGAUAGAUGAAUGCAACAACAUGGAUUCUAUGGCAGUGCAAGAUACCAGUAAGCAAGAUGGGUAUGAAGAACAAGUAAUAGCAACAGAUUCAGAUCUUCAUGAAGAGAACCAGGACAGUCCAAUGUUGGAGCGCCCUUUAACGGGCAAUAUGAGAAAUGAAUGCAACAAGGAUUCAAUGGAACUGAAAGCUACAGAGGAUGGCAUCGAAGAACCAAUUCUCCCAACAGGUAUAGAUGCCAAACAAACCAGUCCAGGUAAAAAUGAUACUGGUGAUACCAUGAUAAGGUGCAGGACAGAUCUUACAAAAGUGAAUGGUGAAAAGAAUGGUUCUCUGAGUAGUUUAAGUGGUGAUGUUAACAGUAGCAAUGCCUCUGAAAAUGUGCUAACAGAAAGUUCCUCUUCAAAGGCCAACAUGAUGGCCAAGUCUAAGAGAAAGACUAAGCCAUUGACACACAGUAUUCCUCAUAUUUCUCCUGACUAUCACAAGAUAAGUUUUGUAUCAGAGAAUAGCCUUAAAAUACGGUUCAAAAAACGAGAUCGCCAGUCUCAAUGUAGCAUUUGUAAAAGGUUUUUCAAAAUCUCUGUUCUCAAUGCGCAUAUGAGGACACAUUCAAAUAAAAAGCGCCACCAAUGUCCUCAGUGUGGCAGGCGGUUCCGCGUCAAGAACACACUCAUCGUCCAUAUGAGGACACACAGCGGGGAAAAGCCCUACGAGUGUUCUGUGUGUGGUAGGCGGUUUUCUCAGAGUGGGGCCCUGACCACACACUUGAAGACGCACUCGGAUGAAAAAGCUUACCAGUGUUCAGAGUGUGGGAGACGGUUCACUCUGAGGUACACACUCAUUAUCCACAUGAGAACACAUUCCGGGGAAAAACCUUAUGAAUGCCCCGUGUGUCAGAAGAGGUUUUCUCAAUGCUCUGGCCUGGCUACACAUAAGAAAACACACGUUAGGAAGGAGAAACCUUUCCAAUGCCCACUCUGUCUCAAGAGGGUAUCCAACAAGGAAUCUCUUGAUUUCCAUUUUGCAAAUGAACAUACAUUGGAAAACCCGUAA